AUGAAGGCCAAUCUCCUGGUCCUCGCGCCGCUGGCCGUCUCGGCAGCGCCCGCGCUCGAGCACCGCCAGGCAACUGAGAGCAUCGACGCGCUCAUUAAGGCCAAGGGCAAGCUCUACUUUGGCACCUGUACCGACCAGGGCCGGCUGACGUCGGGCAAGAACGCGGACAUCAUCAGGGCCAACUUCGGCCAGGUGACGCCCGAGAACAGCAUGAAGUGGCAGAGCAUCGAGCCAUCGCGGGGUCAGUUCACCUGGGGCCAGGCUGACUACCUCGUCGACUGGGCCACUCAGAACAACAAGACCAUCCGCGGCCACACGCUCGUCUGGCACUCGCAGCUCGCCGGCUACGUUCAGCAGAUCGGCGACCGGAACACCUUGACCCAGACCAUCCAGGACCACAUUGCCGCCGUCAUGGGCCGCUACAAGGGCAAGAUCUACGCCUGGGAUGUCAUCAACGAGAUGUUCAACGAGGAUGGCUCGCUUCGCAGCAGCGUCUUCUCCAACGUCCUCGGAGAGGACUUUGUUGGGAUCGCCUUCAAGGCGGCGCGCGAGGCCGACCCCGACACCAAGUUGUACAUCAACGACUACAACCUCGACAGCCCCAACUACGCCAAGCUGACCAACGGCAUGGUCGCUCACGUCAAGAAGUGGCUCGCGGCCGGCAUCCCCAUCGACGGCAUCGGCACCCAGGGUCACCUGCAGUCUGGCCAGGGUUCCGGUCUUGCGCAGGCCAUCAAGGCUCUCGCCCAGGCUGGCGUCGAGGAGGUUGCCGUCACCGAGCUCGAUAUCCAGAACCAGAACACCAACGACUACACUGCCGUUGUCCAGGGCUGCUUGGACGAGCCCAAGUGCGUCGGUAUCACCGUCUGGGGUGUCCGCGAUCCCGACUCGUGGCGUCCCCAGGGCAACCCCUUGCUCUUCGACAGCAACUUCAACCCCAAGGCGAACUACAAUGCCAUCGUCCAGCUCCUCAAGCAGUAG